CCCUGGCUAAGGACACCCUGAUGACCUCAGAUGUAUAUUGCCAACACUUCCGGGAGUUACAGUACCAUGAGGCCGAUGGGCCCCGAGAGGUUUGCAGCCAGCUCCAUGGGCUCUGCAACCAGUGGCUGAAGCCAGAGAGACACACCAAGAAGCAGAUCCUGGACCUGGUGAUCCUGGAGCAGUUCCUGACCAUCCUGCCCCAGGAAAUGCAGUGCUGGGUCAGAGGAUGUGGGCCGGAGACCAGUUCCCAAGCAGUGGCCCUGGCCGAAGGCUUCCUCCUGAGUCAGGCAGAGGAGAAGAGGAAGGCAGAACGGAGAGAAGCCUCUCUUCACAGCCAAGGGAAUAAAGGCCUCUUUUCCCAGAUGGGGGUGACUCAAUGGAAGGAGCAGGAGAUGGAAGAGCAGGACUCAGGAGGACCUGGAACUGGCAGGACAGCAAGCAAAGGCCCUUUUCUCCUCCAAGCUGGGGGUGCUGUUGCAUUCUGGGAAAGAGUUGUGCCAGAGACCCUGGCUAAGGACACCAUGACCUCAGAUGUACACUGCCAAUGCUUCCGGCAGUUUCUCUACCAUGAGGCAGAUGGGCCCCGAGAGGUUUGCAGCCAGCUCCAUGGACUUUGCAGCCAGUGGCUGAAGCCGGAGAGGCACACCAAGAAGCAGAUCCUGGACCUGGUGAUCCUGGAGCAGUUCCUGACCAUCCUGCCCCAGGAAAUGCAGGGCUGGGUCAGAGGAUGUGGGCCGGAGACCAGUUCCCAGGCGGUGGCCCUGGCCGAAGGUUUCCUCCUGAGUCAGGCAGAGGAGAAGAAUCAGAACGAAGAGAUGUGGGGACCAUCCCUGAAGACAGAAGCAACAUUCCCUGAGGCGGAAGGAGCUUCCUUGGCACGAGGGCAAAGAACACAGGCCCAGGAGUGUGCCCAAGAUGCCCUCUCCUGUGACAAGGACUCUUUGUGCCUGGAUCCGACUGGGUGUCCUUUUUCCUUCGAGGAGGUGGCCGUGUGUUUCACAGAGGCCGAGUGGGCCCUGCUGGAUCGGGAACAGAAAGCUCUUUACCAGGAAGUGAUGCUGGAGAACCAUGAGACUGUGGCCUCUCUGGCAGAGGAUGAUCAGAAGAAUGAGGAGGGUGAAGAACUUCAUCAGCAAAUGCCAGAUAGAGUUAAAAAUGAAGACCAGAAAGAAAAUGUCAGGAAUCGAGGCAGAUGUGAGAGAAGGAAUGGCAGCCAAGUGGUUGAGAAGAGAGGUGGAAGAAAGUGUAAUGUACAUUUUCCAAAACACACUGUAAUAAAGAGAAGUAAAUUAAUUCAAUGUGGAAAGUACUUCAGAUAUAGAUCACAGCUUCUUAUGAACCAAAGAAUGCAAAAGAGAGAGAUACCUUUGGAAUGCUCAGAGAGUGGAAAGAAAUUCAAUAUGAGCGGAAGUCUUCAACUGCACCAAAGAACUCACACAGGGGAGAAACCGUUUGAAUGCUUAGAAUGUGAAAAGCAAUUCAGUUGCAGUAGCAGUCUUCGAAUGCAUAAAAGAACCCAUACAGGAGAGAAACCCUAUGAAUGCUCAGAGUGUGGAAAGAGAUUCAGUAUGAGUGGCAGUCUUCAAAUACAUCAGCGAACCCACACAGGGGAGAAACACUUUGAAUGUUUAGAGUGUGGAAAGAGAUUCAGUCUGAGAAGCCAUCUUCGACUGCACCAAAGAACCCACACAGGGGAGAAACCGUUUGAAUGCUUAGAGUGUGGAAAGAGAUUCAGUGCAGCUAGCAAUCUUCAGCUUCACCAACGAACCCACACAGGGGAGAAACCUUUUGAAUGUUCGGUGUGUGGAAAGAGAUUCAGUCUGAGAGGCCAUCUUCGACUGCACCAAAGAACCCACACAGGGGAGAAACCUUUUGGAUGCUUAGAAUGUGGAAAGCGAUUCAGUUGCAGUAGCAGUCUUCAAAGGCAUAAAAGAACCCAUACAGGAGAGAAACCCUAUGAAUGCUCAGAGUGUGGAAAGAGAUUCAGUAUGACUGCCAGUCUUCAAAUACAUCAGAGAACCCACACAGGGGAGAAACCCUUUGAAUGCUUCGAGUGUGGAAAGAGAUUCAGUCUGAGAGGCCAUCUUCGACUGCACCAAAGAACCCACACAGGGGAGAAACCGUUUGAAUGCUUAGAGUGUGGAAAGAGAUUCAGUGCAACUAGCAAUCUUCAGCUUCACCAACAAACCCAUACAGGGGAGAAACCUUUUGAAUGUUCAGUGUGUGGAAAGAAAUUCAUUCAGAGAGGCAAUCUUCAGUUUCACCAACGAACCCACACAGGGGAGAGACCUUUUGAAUGUUCAGUAUGUAGAAAGAAAUUCAGAAUGCGAGGCCAUCUUCAACGGCAUGAAAGAACCCAUACAGGGGAGAAACCUUUUGAAUGCUUAGUGUGUAGGAAAAGAUUCCGUCUGAGAGCCCAUCUUCGACUGCACCAAAGAACCCACACAGGGGAGAAACCUUUCGAAUGCUCCAAGUGUGGAAAGAGAUUCAGUCAGAGUAGCAAUCUUAAACAGCAUCAAAGAACCCACACACGGGAGAAAACGGUUGAAUGUUCAGUGUGUGGAAAGACAUUCAGGGAGAAGGGGUAUCUUAAACAGCAUCAGAGAACCCACACAGGGGAGAAACCAUUUGAAUGCUCAGAGUGUGGAAAGAGAUUCAGUCUGAAUAGCAAUCUUCAACAGCAUCAAAGAAUCCACACAGGGGAGAAACCUUUUGAAUGCUCAACAUGUGGAAAGAAAUUCAGUCACAGCAGCCAUCUGAAAAGGCAUAAAAGAAUCCACAUAGGAGAAACCGUUUGAAUGCUCAGAGUUUGGAAAGAGAUUCAGUUGUAGCAGCAUUCUCCAAGACCAUGAAGGAUCUCACACAAGGGACAAACCUUUUGAAUGUUCAGAGUCUGGAAAGAGACUCAGAGUAGCCAUUUCCACAGCAUUAAGAGAAGCUACACAGUGGAGAAACCUAUUGAAUGCUCAGGGUGUGGAAAGAGAUUCAGUAGGAGUUGCCAUCUUUGAUAACAUUAAAGAACCUGCACAG